AUUCUAUGAUUCAAUCCCUAGCAGAGUGUUGGUAUGUACAGUGCUCGAAGCCUUCUUGUUUUUCUCUAGCUUUAUUUAAAUUAUGCUUUUGAUUCAAUGUUUCUUUAUUUCUUCUUUCUUCCAGUUCUCAUAACCUUCAUGAAGACAGAUCACCAGAUGAGGAAUGAAAACAUAUGGCAAACAAGGUAAAUCAUAUAUGCGCCACGCUUUCUAUAUCACCUUCGGCCCAUAGUAAUUUGUCAUGGAUCAGAUUAGGAAUGACUUUUCAAUGUAUAAUGCACAGAACAAUUUAAGCGGGUAAAAUGUUAAUAAGCAGUAUUUAACAAUCAUUUACCAUGGUAAAAAAAAAGGAUUUUCAGAGUCCAAUGAUAGUAUCAAACAUGAUUCAUGUUAAGCGUCUUUAUCAAACAAUUCUGAUUAUAGUUCAGAAUCAUUUCAACUUUGCUUAUUUGGAUAUACUGUUGUGUUGACUUCCGCAGAGAGAAUUUUCAAGCUUGGAUGUGGAUAAAUUCUGUGCUUUAUUCUAGAUACGGAAAUGACCGACGGAAGAACUUGUAAUAAUUAUUGUAAUUUCUUUUGUCCUGUUUUUCAGUAACUUCUAAUAACUUGUACUUCGCUUGGGUUUACAGUAAUAUAGUAUAAAAAUACCCUAAUUUAGACAACGACAGAUUAUGCUAAGAUUCAGUCUUGCAAAUUGUUCUCGGUUUAAUUUUUCUGCCAAUGCACCAAAAGGUGAUGAGGUGACGGCCAUCCUUGUGAAGGUAUAACACCGGUACAAAAUAUAUACCCGGCUGUUAAAGGACAAAAUUGAGCUAUACCAAGAGAUAGAUCUUACACUUAAAAAAAUAUAUAUAUAUAAAAUAUAAUAAAUGAUGUUGUGGUUGGUAGAUUCUCGACCAUGAAACAAAAGCAUGAUUUGCAUGCACAGGAACUCAGUUCCUGAAAAACACAAAACAAGAAUUUCUCACGUAAAGGCAAAAGAACCAAUCAAAAUGCUCGACGUCUUUUAGACGUGAGAUGUAAUGAUUGGGGGAUCGGAUUUCGUUAAAACUUGUUUUAAAAACAUGAAAAGGUAAGUAAUUAUUGCAAGAGCGGAAAUAAAUUAACCCGUAACGAUAAUCAUUGCUAUCAUUUGGCUUUGGCAAUCGUAAAACGAAGGUAAGUUAACUUCAAAAGACGCUGUAACAGUCAUCGAGAUUCCAUUGCAUUUAAGCGGUACAUUCAUUCCAAGGCAUAUCUUAAACAUAAAGUAUAUUAUUAUUCAUUCAAAAUAUCCUUGAGUUCUGAACAAGAUUACCUCAUGGUAGACUUUUUCAAACCUUUGGCCAAUUUCUCGGUACGGUUUCAAAAACAGAUGUUUGUCCGUUGCAGAUACUCCUCAGAAAGUACAUAAAAUUCAUCAAGCGAUAUGUUUAGCGCAUUCUUGUAUUACUUCUGUUCACUGAGAUUUAGUUAGAAAUCAGCUAUUUCGUCCCUGGUUAGCCGUAAACGCCAUUUGUUUUAGUUCACUCGUGAAAAAACAGCUUGGCAGCUUGGCAAUGAUGGUCUAGUCCUAGAAGCCUUUAUUCCAAUAUACAAAAUAUGGUAAGCGCGAGAUGGUUAUGAAGAAUUGGGGGGGGGGGGGAGCAGGGGGAUUGGAGCCUUCAUCCCGGGUUGAUAACACCCUCCUCGAUCUACAAAAUUUUCAAAUCCCUCCCCACCCACAUCAAAAAAUUCUUAAUUUUUAAUCAUGUUCAUUGUGUUUCUUUUUGUCUUCCUUAAAUAUUUUUCAUUGUGUUGUCGUUUGACCUACUUAAGAUAUUUCAUAUCAUGAUCAAACUUCAGUUCUAGUGAACAAGUUAGAGGACCUUGAUGAUGCGAUCACGAGUUAAAGAGAACACCAUGUUGUUUGUACUGAUUUUUUCGCUCAGGGCUGGUUUCUGCUCUGCUAAGGACAACAAACCACCAGACACCAAGGUAACUAUAUAUAUCAGAUAUUGCCAGGACACAUGUUUUUAUUACAGUUAAAUAACGUUAGUUUAUAGAGGAAACCAGGAAUGAUGUAUUAUAUGUUAAUUUAACUAAAUCAGUCUGAAGGUUGAUUAAGAAGACUACCAAAUUCAAACAAAAAAUUAAGAUGGUAUGGUUACUUGUACAACCUCGAUCACUAUUUUGAGAAGAAAGACAACAUUUUAACGUUUUAAAGAAUCAAAAUUAACAUUUUUACCAAAACAGCUUCUUUACUGGAAAAUAGAUUUCUUUUUCCAAAAUCCCAAUUGGCGAUUACAUUGAAAAACCCCAAUGAAAACUUGGAAAAUUAAGGAACUGCUUCCUGGCCUGGAUUGAAAUGCUAGAGUACAGGUGAAAUUGCGAAGCGCUACUAGCAGUUUGUCACUGACUUUUUCUCUCUUUGGCAGCCUGUUCAAUCUUGUCCAUCUUGUAAUAAUGGUGGACAAACCGGGAUGUGGACAUACAUGACAUGUAUCCCAGGAGCCCCUGGGGCACCUGGUCAAGAUGGAGUCAAAGGAGACCUGGGCAGCCCGGGGAAAACUGGGACCCAGGGACCACGUGGUGCUGACGGAAAGAAAGGAGCAAAGGGAGAGACUGGGAUCCAGGGUGCCGCCGGACAAAAAGGGGAGCGAGGGGAUAAAGGCGACAGUGGAACGCCACGACUGGCUUCACAUUUGAACUGGAAGGAGUGCGCUUGGAAAAAGGGACACGGCACAGAUUCAGGACUGAUAUAUGUAAGUGCGGAUCGUCACUUUGUUAACCAAGUUAAAUAAUAUUCUAUUAGCUCAAAGCAAUUAAUUUUUACUGAAAUGAUUGAUUGCUAUAAUUCUUUGGUCAGCGCGCGGUUAGCGAUGGUGAUGGCUGCGUCUUUUGAAGCUACGUGGUUUUGUGUUAAGGCCGGGCGAUAAUCGGUUUUAUUACACUGUGUUCUUCUCUAUUAUUAAUUUUUUCGCUAAUUUUUGUCGAAACACCUUGAAUUAAUUAAUAUUGUACAACUGAUGUCUUAUUUUUUUGUAGACUGGAGUAAACAAAAAUGAAAUACAAUACGGAUGCUGCUUCUUUAUAUCUCUUUUAGAACUGUGACUUUGUGAAGAAAUACGCGGACACUUCCCUCCAUGUCUACUAUGCUGGUAUUCUCAGGGUUGCCUUUUGUGACGGCUGCUGUAGUCGCUGGUAUUUCACCUUCAAUGGAGCCGAGUGCAGCUCUCCUGGAACUAUUGACGGUGCAUUCUACAUGCGAACAGGCAGAAAUCACGAUCUUCACCGUCACCGCCACAUUGAAGGUCACUGCAAUAACAUUCAGAAAGGAAAGGUGCGAGUGGGAUUCUUGGUUGGAAAAUGCGUUACAGGACAUAAGCUUGCUGACGCCCACACUGGUUGGCAUUCAAUUAAUCGUAUCUUCAUUGAAGAAGUACCGAAAUCUCAGCAGUAA